AUGACGUGGAUUUCAAAGACAAUAACAACUCUAGGUCUCAUGCUCGUAGCACACGCCUGCUACUCUGCCCAAGAGCAUUCAGCGCUGCAAUCCCUUCGAGCCACCAGCUCAAGCUCAGGCCUCCACAACACGCAGGCGUCGUCCUCGUUACCACUCGACAUUUCCAUCGAGACGGUUGUCGGCCUCUUCAUCACGGUGCUGGGCUUGGUGACCGAUGCGCCCAAACUGCGGCCGGUCCAGUGGCGGGUGUGGGCGGGCAAGGUCGAGCGCGAGGGCGAGCAGGGCUUCCUGAAGAGCAAUGGCGAGGUCGAGAAGGAUUUCCUUGGCAACCCAUUCCGCGUCUUAGAGACAAGACCCGGCUUUGUGGAUAUUCGGUCCCAGAGGAAGGACUUUGCUGAGUGGGUGCGGACUGGUGGGAAGGCCGGAGCCGGAUCCAAGGAAGCAGCUUAA